AUGGCGUCCCACCAAGCAAGUCUCCUCAAGAAAUCUAUCACGAUCCUCCUCUUGUCUCUUGUUAUCGAUGGAUGCGUGCAUUCAAGGGAGUCACGCAGAUCCGUUUCGAGAUGCGUCCCAGCAUUGGCCUUAGGUACCAAUCGUCCCCUCAGCCCCUUUCUGAAUCAGAUAGCUAAGGAUGAGAUGAUUACAAGAAGAAAUUAUGUCAACAAUGAUGUAUUCUUGCUCAACAGACUGCGUGGAGGGAAGAAAAAGAAUGCAUCUGAGCAAGACCCCCAAGAUCCAUCAUUCUUAGGUUCCCGCAUUGAGAAAAAAUCAGUUAAAAAACGUCGCAAUGCAGGAAACAAUGAUGUCAUAGACCAUGAAGCAAUCCCUGAAAAUGAGAAACCUCAAACGAUUUCUUCGGAGGGGCGACCCACUAAGAAGAAGCAUUCCAAAACAUCGGAUCACAAGAUCACGACAAAGAGUGGUCUCGGCGAAACUCCUUCUGUUAAAGCGGAGAAAAAGCAGAAGAAGCAGAAAGACAAAGAGGAAAAAAUGAAUGACUCAGGAAAGCCCUCGAUCAAAAACGAGGCUGCAAAUCUUGAAGUUGCAGCUUCUGGCAAAAAGAAAGCCAACAAGGAAAAGGAAGAAAAGAAAAUCAAGGAGGAAAAAAAGGAGAAAUUGGUAGUCAAGGAAAAUCCUCAUCGUAUUGAUGAGGAUGCUGCAUGCCCUCAAGUUACAACCGCUGGGGAAAAGAAUGCUGAUAAUCUGGAAAUGCCAGGAAAGGAGGGUGGUAUGAAAGGCAUGGCUGGAUCGCGCAGCAUCAAGAUCGCAGCAAAAGCACCAAAGCAAAACAAAUCUAGCAGCAAGAAGAAUCCGGCAACGACACAAGAUGACCUCGUGCAACCCCUCGCCCCUGCAAAGAGAAUGGUACUGGGGAACGGGGUUCUGAAGCACAGCACUCGCCAUGGAGAGGGUCAGCAAGCAGACCGGGGGCACCUCUAUACCGCGGCAGAGAGCCAUAUCAACCCUCGCCCUCGAAUACUUUCGUUCAUCGCAAGCAUCAGGUACAUGGAAGACAGACAGCCCGUUACGUCUGGACCCAACAUGCUGGCGGCGGACAUGGGCUCACGACGCUUAAAUGAACAUUCGGGGAGGAGCUUCCGCAAGGUGAAAGUCAAGCUCAAGAGAAUGAACACGUGA